GAAACAGAAAACAAAAAAAAAAAAAAAAAAAAAGAAAAAGAAAAGCAUAAGGCUUUCAUUGUGAUGAUUCUCGUAUUGUCGGCGUCGUCCAAAACAUGCCAUCAUUGCUGCUCUUUAACGCUUUUUUUCCCCCCUUUCCCUUAAAACCAUUUUUAACACACAAAUGAAUCAAGAGAGAAAAAAAAGGACAAAUAUUUACUCAGAAUUUAAAUAUCAUAUGUAUGUAGAGAGAUUUAAUUGAGCUUAAACUUUCUCUCCCCCAAUAUAUCCAAUGGCUCCGCCAAUAAAUUCACCGGAACCUUUACCGGCCGAUGCAGCGAUCAAUUUCCGAGCGCCCCCGCCGUCUCCGAUCCACUCCGGUCGGAAAUCCUCCUUCACGAACGACGACGUUCUGACGGAGUUUCUCGAGCACUCGCUCCGCGUCCCGGACCUGAUCUUGCCGGACAGGAUCUUUCCCAAACAGAGAUCCGUUGACGGCCCUCCAGUCAUCGACUUCCAAUCACUUGUUUUGGAAGAACAUGACGCCGUUUCGAAGAUUGCGGAGUCCGUGGCCGAUAUCGGAUGCUUUCAGGUGGCGAACCACGGAAUUUCGGCGGAAAUCGUUAGGUCGGUGCAGGCCGCCGCUGCCGCGGGGAUAUUUGCGGCGUCUCCGGAGAAAAAGGCGGCGGUGACGAGGUCGCCGGAGAUGGCAUACGGGUUUGAGGAAGGUCACGGCGAGGAGGGAGAGAGUGAGAGUGAAGAGUUCGUGUGGAGUAGGGACGAAGUUUUGAAGUCUGUAAUGGAGGGAAUUUGGCCACUUGGAUAUUCCAAUUUCUGCAAACAAAUGGAAGUCCUUUCGAGCACCAUUGAGAAGAUUGGCGAGAAAGUUCUCUCAGUUUUUCUGAAGACUCCUACAAGACAAUCCAUCAUUAUAAACGGAAAUGAUAAAAUACAUUGGCAAGGGCAUGAAACUGGAACGCUCUGUUGUCUUUACAAAAAUAGCAGUAAUGUCGGCAGUGAAUGUGAUGGUGGUUCUGAGUCUCUGAGACAUGAGGUUAUUAGAAUUCUUAUAAGGAGAAACGACCACUCUCACGCCCUUUGCCUGCAUUUCUGCUGUGGCUCAUCAGAGUUUCAUGUUUACUCCAAAAAAGGAUGGGUUUCUUUCACCCCGCACAAAGAUGCUUUGGUAAUCACAAUUGGAGAUCAAAUACAGACAUGGAGUGGUGGACUCUACAAACAUGUGAUAGGGAGGCCAAUAUUUAAAGACGAUAAAGAAGACUGCAUUUCGAUGGCUUUCCUUUACUCUCCACCAAGCAUUACUUCAAAACCCAAACCAACCACAAUGGACAAGACCAUUUCUCUCAAUCAACAAGUCAUAUUGGCUAUAGCUUUAACUCUUGUUUAUCAAUUUUUAGUUUACAUUUACCAAAAAUUUUGAUAAA